CAACUAGUUGACCCCUAUAUCAUCUCCCAUAUCCGAAAACUUAUUGUUUAAUAUUUACCUUUUCUUUCGUUAUAUUCUUCUUUCAUGUCGCAUUCGCUUGGUCUACCUUGGUGUUCUGUUCCCAGGAGUUGUUUUUCAUCUUCAAGGCCUUCAGUUUCUUGCCUUAUCAUGAUUGAUGACCGUCAUGGGCCUCUUGAAGUGCGCUGGUGCAGGGCGCAUUCGUCUCGCUUCGUUUCGUCCACUCUUGUGUCAUUGUUCUCGAUCGGGAUGUUUUUCACGAUUUCUGUUGACGUUAUAUGGGCAUGGCAGGAGUUUUACUCUGAAGAGAGAGUAUUUGGCAGCAUAAUUUGCUCCAGGAUCGGCUUGGUUUUACAUUGCAUGUUGGAGCUGCUCAAUUUCUGGUUUUUCUUGGAACGUCUCUGUAUGUACCUUAGAAUCGUCUUCGCCAUUUUCCCGUUUCAUCAUAUCUCUUACUUCUGUUCUCUCUUGGAAUCAUUGGAUAUACCUGCCUAUCCGAAUAGAACCGCCGCUUAUUCACCACAUCGAUCAACUAUACGCAACCGCAGACUUCUUAAGGAUACGGAGAUCCCCAUAGUUUUGCAAUGGCCGAUCUUUCUAUGUUCCAUCAAUCAGGCAUUUCCUCUCUUUGCGAAAGACUGCUUUGUACAGCAACAAAGGGCCAUCGGACGCUACUAUUGAAUGCGGUAAGAGAGGCCUUGGCUCCUUUCACCCUACCGAACCAUCCGUUGACAAAAUACAGCAAUGUACAGUUUCAGAUUAUCCUACAAUGCCUUUGAACCGUACUCUUGCGCAUACGUUCCACCUCCUACCCAAAUGGCCCAUGCCUAACAAUGGCAUUCAAAUCUUGCGACUGCAUGAAGGUCAUUGAUUUCACUAUAAUUGCCCUCCGCAGCGAAAGCCUUGUAUGGCAUUGUACGGUUCAUUGUAUACUGUUUGUCCUUGUCCCUUGGAAUACAUUGAUAAUGGAAUCCUCACCGAGAAAGGCGGGACCGAAAUCCCCAGAGAUCAACAUAAAUAUAC